UACUGCUGCCAGGUCCCUCUACACAAUUAAAUUUUACAUACAUUCCCUGUGCAAUCUACAUCUAUAAAUUACGUCCAAUGGAUCAGAAAACAGUACUAAGCCUGGCUGUAGGCCUAGGCUGUGGUGUGUGUAUAGGAUGGAUUCUCAGGGGACGACUAAGAUCUUCUUCUGUUGCUGGUGCUGCAAAAUCUGCUGCUGAGGACUUGGUGGUGUCUAUGAGUGAAAUACCUGGAGAAUUCAAAAUGGUAUUGGUGGUGAGGACCGACUUGAAGAUGGGAAAGGGUAAAGUGGCUGCCCAGUGUUCUCAUGCAGCUGUGAAUUGUUGUCAAAAGUUACUUCGUUCAGAUGCACAAGUUCUUCGACAAUGGGAAUAUCGUGGACAAGCAAAAGUAGUUCUAAAAACUGAUACAGAAGCAUCAUUGUUAGAAUUGGCAAAACACGCCAGAGCAUUAGGACUAACCGCCGCAGUAAUCCAGGAUGCUGGGAGGACACAAAUAGCACCUGGUUCAAAGACAGUUCUUGGAGUAGGACCAGGGCCAGCUUCACUUGUAGACCAAGUUACAGGGCAACUAAAACUUUUCUAAAAUAGAUACAAAACUUAGAAUUUCUUGGACUGUCAAUUAAAGAGACACUUCCCUUGAAACAACAGUCCCUCACAAAGUACAACUUCCAUUAAACUGUGUCAUGUGACAUCCGGCUAAGACUGUGAAUCCACUAUCGAUCCACUCUGGUUUGACUUUGUUAAGUAAACACUUUGAUUUUGUUAAGGAAAUGAGAACAAGCUUCACUUCCAAUCAACUAGUUGCUUUUAAAGUUUCUUUGAGUAACGAUGGAUGGAGUCUAGAUUCUGAUUGAUGAUUUUCAGAAGCAUUAUGUCAAUGAUGGGGCAAUUCAAAAUUUAUGUGAUUUUCUAAUCACAGAACUCAGUGAGUGUACAAUGUAUUUUUGAAUAUUUUUUAUUAAAAUAUUAAAAAUCA